AGUUUAAAAAAAUUUACGUGUUGAUUUUCAACUUAUUUUCCCAAUUAUAAGUUAAAUUUAACCAAAAAAUUCUCGCUAUCAUGUAUUUCCUGAGUUCCUAUGGGCACUUGGUCUUGUUUGAUGCCACUUGUGGGUCAGAGGACAGUGCAGGAAUAGGUCUCUUACUGCAGGUUUUAUUGGAUGAUAAAUGCUCUCUGCUCAGGGCACAAAGCAAACCUCUGUUUCCUGAGCUGUCUUGUACAAUUUGUGCUGAGCUCAGUGUAGUGCCAGAACAUUUCCACUUAUGUUUCACCUCGGUCUACACAAGUAUAUUGUGCUGAAAGAUACACCAGGUCAAACCAGUGAUGGGGAAGUUGAAGCAGAGCCUAUGUUGAGCUUUUUUUUAAAUUUUUCCAGUGCUUUUCUUGUAUUAUGUUUGAGCCCCUCAUCAGCCUUGUGAUCACUGAUGUAGGCAGCAGAGAUCUGGCUAAGAAGGCACAAGUGAAACUUUUCAGGUCCUUAAAAAGUCCUUCUGUGAAAUGGCUUCAUUUAGAUCGGCGGAAAUGAAGUUUACACUUUCAGGUAACAGUAUGAAUUUGCCACCAAACCUAAAUCACUUCCUCUUCUCCUUCCUCUCGGUCUGGAAGGGGUUACUCUCCAUGUUUCCUGUCUUAAUUCCCAGAGCUCCGGCUACGUUCUGAUUGCUUUCUUGAUGUUAAACAUUCCCAGGCUCUUAUAACCCUCUAGCUUGCCUCCUCCAUCCAAGAGCCGUCCCAGGUGAACGAGUGGGCGAACCUCCUGUUUUUAAGGAUAAAAUCUCCCCCUUUUUUUCUUCUUUUUUUUUUUUCUUUACUCGGGGUUGGAGAUACUAGAGGGGACUGGCGGGGCAGGGAGCUGUGCGAUGGGAAAGAAUUCUUUCCCUGCAUACCAUUUAGCUGCUGUAAGGCUGUGGGAAAGCAUGUUUUCCCAACCAUGCUUCAUUUGAGGCAGCUUGUUACGAAAUAAGUCCAAAAGGUUUCGAUUGUACAGCUCAUAGAGUCGACUGGUAUUUUCUGAACAUCACGGUUAACAUGUGCUUCUCUUUUAAACUUCAUCUCUUUAUUCUUCCUUACGCGAUUCCUUCCCACUCCCUUUCCCCUGGAGACACCUGAUCGACGGCUGAGUUAUGUUAUCUGGCCUGAGUCAGCGCGGCCUUCGCAUCAGUCAUAAAACAAAACGGGAUCCAGAUUGCGCUAACAUGCCUGGGUAGAGGCUGCAGUGUAGAUGUGACCCAGGAGCAACAGUCCAAGCUGGACUAUAUUUAGCUCGGCGAUGCUCCGGCUAAUUGCCCUCCCAGGCCUAAUCAUUUCCAGGCUCUGCAGCUCACAAAUGACUGGAGGGGAGGCCAAACACCCACUAACCUCAUGUUAAAGGGAUGUCAACAUCAAUGGGGGAUGUCGGAGCGCUCCGCAGACAAGACAGAUUAGCACAAUAUUCUUCCUUCUCAUGCGCUAUUAAGAUGUUCUCUAAGCGGAUUGGAUUGAAGAGUCCAGCAUUACUGUCUGCUGCAGUGUAUUAAUUGAAUCUGUUUUCCUGCCUCUGUAUCAGUAAUGUGACGACUCUUGGCAGCAUCCUCUGAAAGCAACACUGCGAGCCCGUCUUCAUUUCAUCCUCACUAUUGAGGCCCGCUAAAUCCCUCCGCUGCCGCCUCCUACAGCCAGCUUAGCUGCUUCCCCAAAUGAGGAAUGCGCCGGUGCCCCCGCCCCGCUUGCCUCUCCUCUGCUGCGAUGUGGCGUUGGUGGAAAAGUUUACUUUUCUGCGAUUUGUUCUCACCACCAGCCCUCUCCCCCGAUUCGCGAGUUUCCGUCCUUGUCGAGUUGCGCUGCUUCCUGUGCGGUUCCUGUCCCAGAGACGUGCCCCGUGUUUCACCCGGGCACAUGAUGGCCUGGGUCAGGGGGGUGAGGGCUCUGUGCUGAGGGAGUGGGAAGAUGACACAGUUUGGGUUGCCUCUCGGCCUGGUAAUCGGCUCUAAGCUUCCUUCCUGGUCCAAUUCCCAACGGCAUGCUGGGAGAUGGUGGUUUUCCAAGGCUGUCUCCAUUAUGCACACCUGGAGGUAGACCAGGUAGCGUGCCAGUAAUGAAAAUGUCACAUAAUUCAGUGAGCUGUUGAUGGAAAGGAGAGGUGACAAAGUCACUGGCAGCACAGGAGUUGGAUGCUGUGACCUCGCUGAGCAACUCUGGGAUUUUAGAGUGUAUGUUUCACAGUGAUGGUGGUCAUCCUCACAGUUUUACAGCUACAACGAUGCAAAUCAUAUGACGCUUAUAGUGUCUCAGUGCCUUAUCUAAGGUGGCCUUCUUUAUUUUCUGAAAUACACUGUUACAGUGGUGAAUUCAGAGUUUCAGACAGCUUCUCUAUUCUUAUCUCUGCCAAGGAGGUUUUUUUGGUGGUUUUUGCUGACAUUCUAUUCGCAAACAAGUAGCUGGAAAAGUUUCAGAUAUACUGUGAUCAAAUUUUGUAGGGGUGUAGAGUGGGGUCAUGUUAACAAUCCGGUAAAGUCAGGCUUACAAUCCACCAAGGCCUUGAAGGUCAACUCAAUGAUUUGUUGGUUGAAAAUGGACUAAAAGCCUAGAAACGUGAUUCUUACAUGUGCCCUCACAUAUAGAAAGCCCUGUAUAAGAAUGCUAAACCUAAAAUUGUGUCCUAGACACACAGGGACAAGACCUAAAACAGCUGGUUUCAUACAGUGGAUGAACUAAGGCCCAGCAUGAGAUAAAUAUUAAUUAGUUUGAACUGUUGUGCAAAGCUGCUCUUUUAAAGACCAAGAGUAAAGUUAGUGAGCAUGACUUGCUAAAAGUGAGACUUUCUUUGUUGUUGCCGUGCAGUUUAGUUUUAUUAUGUUGUCUCCUGGAUGCUGUCACAGCUUCCUGGCAGCGCAGGACUAUCAUCACCUUCGAUGAAAGAUUUUGGCACGGGAGUCGUCAUUGUCCUCCUCCUUAUUUUCAUCUGCAAUAAGAGGUGAACCGCACACGUUCGGUUACGCCAUCUUUAGUAUUUCAUCUGCCUCUAAAUCAAACGCACUCACUUCCCUCUGUAGGAGGCGAACACUGAAAUGAGCAGCGUGAAAUCUGUAAACAAAGCGGCUCAUGCCAAAGAGAUUUAAUGUAGUGAUAGUGACAGCUCUGCUAGGAUUAUCUGGCUGGAUGAUAUUUUUGAAAAACAAAAUACUGAGUGUGGAUUAACCAAGCUUUCAAUGCUAUUUGUUCCCCACAAAGUCAAACCCACAGAAAGUAAAAUGAUGGAAUAUUUCCUUAAAUCAAAAAGCAGCAGUGUGAUACUUUUCAGGUGACUGGAGCAACGGCGUUGUUAGAAGAAAACAACACAACUGUUUUAGUUUUCCAUUUGGGCAGAAGAGGGAGAAAUCCGAGCUUGGCGCCUCAAUGAAAGCUCAUAUGUGGCCGACUGUAGGCUGGUCUGUCCGAGGUGAAAGAAGCAGCGAAGGAUGGAGAGCGAGCGAGCGAGUGAACUGAGUUUGUCAGCUUUUUAAACCUUGAAAUUGAUUCUUCUUCUGGGUUCUUUUAUUCUAAUGACAGGCUAAUCCCCCUCUGCUGUUUCCUUCUGUUAUAAAUAGAGCCUCUUAUUUCCCUGCUCCGCCGUGCGCCGCUUCUGAAAAUUAGCACUCAUGAUGAGUCUGCGCUCUCAGCAAUCAAUUUGCCACAGUAAGUCCUUCCAAAAAGGUUACCUGUGGCAACUGAGCCCCAGUCACGUUAACUUUGAAUUUGCCGCUCCUGCCAAUUUUGAUUCAGCUAAUUAAAUAAAUGGCUCCGUCUGGAGAGUCAGCUGAAUGAAAUGUCAAAAUAUUGAUGUCGAACGCUGACGUGAUUUCAGGGUGCUUGUCAUAAGGAGAGGAGGAGCGUGGCUGGUAGAGGGGGGGUGUCAGCCUCAGGGCUACUGUAAUCAUAUUAGUAGAGAUCUGCUUAUUUAUGAGGCUGUAAGUUAUUCUUGCUCAGCGUGGGCUAUCCAUCACAGUUUGGUUGUCUUAUUCUGGCCUGCUACAGUCACACAGCUAAGAAGUGUAAUAGCAGAGUAUGUGAUUAUCAGAUGGAGCUCUGUUAUCUAGUCACUCACAUCAUGCCGCUGGGGUAAACUGCUCAGAGUUAGCCCACCAGGCCUCUUUCUGGCCGAGUCAAGGAAUGUUUCUUUUUCUCUGCUCACGUUUCCUCCGCCUGCUUCCUUCUGACUUCACCUCUCACCUGCCGCCUCCUGCUCCCGCUAACAGGCUCAGAAUGCCUAAAAUUAAAUACUUCACACUUCAUACAGUGUGUCUGACCGUGUCUAAAAGCAAAAGUGUUUAUAGCUGUUCUGAAUGUCCAAAGUUGAAAGUGGUGCAGAGAGCAUGCCAUCAUCCUCCAGGCAGCAUCCCACUGCCUCCUAAGUCUCUUUCCAAGAGCUCCUGUCUUUUUGUGUGCUUGAUGCAGUGAGUCAUAGAGAUGGAAAUAAAGGAGCCGGUGUGCUCUUCAAAAAACAGAAGGCUGUCGGCAGGUCGGACGGCAUCUGAACCUUCCUUCCUCCACACCUCUUGCUACGUGGUGUCCGAACAUUUCUGCAGCUUUCUGCAGCACUCUCAGCUCGCAGCACUGAACGUGGCUGUUCAGUUUUCAUGUUUACAACCACGGGCAUCACCACAAGUGGCUUCCGUGCGAAGCCGUGUGAAAACGUGUGUCAUUAUCCCCACAGUUACACAAUUAUCCCUUAUCGCCUCUCCACGACAGCCGCAAUGCCACCCCGCCUUCGAGUGCCACCAUUUGAGGAAAAAAGGUGCAAAAUGUUUCUGUCUGACGGUCAGAGGCACGUCAUAUAAACUAGUUGUUUUCAAGCACACUUUGAGCCCGAGGGUUCACACUCGUAUGCAGCUGUUGGUGGAGUAGCAAAGAGCAGUAUAGUGCACACAGUGCCAUCCAGAUCCUACUGUGCCUGCCAAUCAAAUACAUAAAGUUUAUAUUUAAUUGAAAAGGUUUAUGAAAUGAAAUAUGCAGUGAGUCUACAUAUAGCAUUAACUGCCCACAAAAAAAGAAGCUAAUUAUGAUAGAGUAAAUUCUUCUCGUAUGUUAUUGGAUAGAAGUUUACAGCCUUUAAACUCAUGGCUCUGUCACUGCAAUUUAAAUCUUUUUCAGACAUCCCCAGUUUUUACCAGGAUGACCCUGCAGGAAACAUACCCGUCACAGGACUUCCAUAAUAUGUUGGCGCUAUAAACUGGCUCUUUGGGUGACUGUUUCUGUUAUUUAUUCUCAUUUUGUGUUUGUUUUAAGGCACAAGCAGGGUAAAAACCUGUGAGCACAGUCUAGGAUCUGAAUUUAAACUAUAAACCUAACUAUGUAUUUCAGUUGUAACCAGGUAUGCUUUAUUUCAUCAUCUAAUGAAGACCAAGAGCUUCCUGUGGACGUUUCAGAAUCGACAUAGUCUAAUUUGUGAUAAAUGAGAUUUGCAGAUGAUUAUUUUCUUUAUUUUUUCUGUCACAUUUGAUAAGACGCACGCAUUUGCCGCUUUUGAUAACUGGGAUCCCCUGCUGAUAAUAACUUUUCUAUUCUACUAUGAACUACAUCCAGUGGACCUGGAAAGGAAAUGCAAAUUCACAGCACCUUAUUGAGCACAUUUGGGUGUUUGUGUUGGCGACUCGGGCAGGUCUGUGGUGAGUCUGGCACGCUGUGGGGUCUCUGGGUUGCUCUGAUAGCGCGUGUUCCUUUGAGGCCCCAGCAUGCUGCGGAUAACGACACCGGCCUCAUCCAGAGUCUGAUCUCAGGCCAGCUCGGAAGGAGCCAAUAUUUCAGGCUGCCAGGACCCGAGCAUAAUAAAGAUACACCCACGGUUGAUUGGUUGAGCACAUGAUCAGACGUGUAACAUGGGUUUAGAUAGCUGAUAGUGCCGGUCCUCACUGCUCUGGUUCUUCGCUGGCACACGACGGCGCCGCCUGGAUGCACCUUCAGAGGAUGAGCCCACCCUUCUCGUCUCUCCUUGAUCUCCUCUCGCUGUGCCUCUCUGUUCUUUCUGUGCCGCUCUUUCCCCCCCGAAACAGUCUUUCUUCUCAGCCUUCUCCCCUCCCAGUCUCUCAUCAGAUCCACAGGGCCAGAUUUUUAUCGCUUUUCUGCGAGUCCUGCGAGGGGAACCUUGAGGGUCUCAGUGGGAUCAAUUUAAAAGGGAAGCACUUGUCUCUCCUCCUCUCCUUGGCCCUCUCGGCUGAUUGGGUCCGCUCGCCAGGAACUUGCAGGCUUUUGAUCUCAACCACCCCCGUCAUCACCCCCACCGCUGCUCAAAGUUUUUGUCAGAGCUUGGCUCUAUGGGAGAGGGGAAAAAAAUUUUUGUUCUACUUUCUGAGAAAUGCUGGCCCCAUCCUCUUUCUCUGCACCUGUGAGAGACCGAGUAACAUUUUGUAAACCCACGGGGUAGUACUAACAAUCUAUGGUUUGACUGACUUCUCUUUGAAGAUGUGAGAGUGAUCCAUCUCUUCAGGUGGAGGUACACCUAAGAGGACCCGUAGUCCUCGAGCAGCUCGCUCAAACAACCUGUGAGAAGUUGCUGGGAGCUGCGAUGCAUUAUUCACAGGGUGUUACAAAGAGAAGGGUACAAGGCGAUGCCCGCGAGUGAUCCCAUGCUGAGCUGCACUGAAGUCGCUCCCCUCUUUGUAGGACAUGAAGGAACAUUGACCCCACAGCAUGGGGACUACCUUUGAUUACAAUAAACAUCCAGGGAGCGCUGUGUCUGGGGUUUAUGAUAAAAGGGAAUUACUUUAUUAGAGCUUGGGUCUUACUUUUAGAAUUUCUUCUUGUUUUUCUCAAAUUUUAUUCGAUUCAGUUAAUGGUGGUGGAGCAAGAAGCAGAAACGUCAGGUUUGGUUACUAUACCACUUAUGACAGGAUAGGUUCUAAUUAAGAUUUCGAUUUGAUCAAUUCCAGAUACGGCUUUUUCAGUCCUUUAAGGAAACGUUCUCUGAUUCCCAGUUAAAAGUAAAAAACUGUAUCCAAAAAGCUCAUUCCAAAACCUGUAAUGAAGGCCAGUGUCAGUUAUAUUAACAGAAAUAAUGCUCAGAUAUGUGACAGCAAUAAUGAAGUGUAGCAUCAUUGUGAUAUGGUGCUGUUACAGCUGGCUUUUUGUAGUCCUCCAUAUGAUUAUGUAAGUUUGUUGUGUAAUGUAAGUGGUUUGCUGAGAGAAGGGCAGCGUGAACUCUCAGUGUGUUUUUUGGAUAGAAGCCAGGCCUCGUCACCCUCCUCCUCAUCCACCUCCUCCUCUGUCUCCUGCCAGGUCACCGAGGGUCAAACCAGAGUUUUUCUUGUCCUACCUCGCUGACCUCUCUCUCCUCUUGGGAAACCUCGAGUUACAUCUCAGAAUUAAAAUUCCUGGUGGCGCACGUUGGUGGCAUGUAUAGAACUGGUUGGAUAAUCCCCCCCUUCUGCAACCUGCAAAUUUAAGCGUGCAAGAAAAUUUGAGGAGUGCGGAGACUGGGGGGGAGGGGACCACAACCUGGGCACCAACCAGAAAGUGAGCAGCUGAAAAGGAAGGAAAGAUCAUCCAAUCGUUGGUAGUGACUGCAGACCAUCAGAUGAAGAGCCUUCAGUUUCGGAGCAUUGCCCCCAAGGCCCCGGCUGUGGUGCCCUCUCCUUCCCCUGCGGUCCAGUCCUGUCAGCCCUCAUCUGCUCUGCCUGAGGCUACCACUGCCUCAAGCCCCAAGUCCAUCAUUGUGCCCACCCAAAACUAUGCACUCAUGCAAAUAGCAGGUCAAGAUGGCACAUUCUCCCUGGUGGCGCUCCCACCUUCUGUUUCUUCUCAGUCGCCGCAGCAUCAGAAGAACCUUAAACUACCCAUUCCCAGAUACCAGCCAAUGAGGAGCAAGGGGACCACAGAUAAGGUCAAAUCUCCUCCACUACCUGCCAGGGUGAAAACAGCCUCCAGAGUUUCUGACUCAGCACAGACCAAAUCAGUGGGUUGUGGAGCAUCAACAGCUAUUAAGAAGAAUCUACAAGAGACCAAGCACACAAAGGAAACCCUUGUGCCCAAAGAAGAGCCUUCAGAGCAGCUAAUUCUAAUAGACCCAGCCUCCUCUGACAUCUCUGUUACUGCUCUUCUACCAGAUAAUGCUGUCCUCUACCCGGGUUCUCAGUUGGAGCGAGUACCAGAUGGCUCAGAACGACCUACCACCACUGGUCUCAUUCAGAACCUGCAGUACCCCCCUGCUUCCAUCAAAAGCUCCCAAAGCAAAUCACCGGAGGACAAUAAGACUACAGUGAGAGUGUGCCAAUCUAAGCUGGCUGCAGCCCAGACCCAGGGCAGUAUCACUGUCCUUUCUCCAGCUAUCUUCAGUAAAGCAGUCCAGAUUAUCCCAUCCCCACCUAAGGGGAAAUUACCCAUUUUGCCCUACUCUAAAAUGAAGAGCACCCUCAUCCCAGCUGCCAAGCUCAAUAAUUUAUCUCCAGAAAAGAAAAGUUUACCUGGCCUGAAAGGACUCACCAGCCGUUUAGAUUCUACAUCCAAGUCCCACGAGACAGCUGAAACCUUGAGUCACAACCGGGUGCCUAACUCCAGUCUAGAGCCUCAGGCCCAGCCCACAUUAAUGCCUGUUGUAGGAACACUCCAGAAGCCACCUGGCAAGAAGAGAGGAAGGAAGAGAAAAACAAUGGAAGACAUCUUAGCUUUUGAAGCCCGCAAGAAAAGGUCUUUAUCCUUCUUCCGUAGAAGGGUCCCGGAGAAACAGCUGGCAGUUGUUUCAGGAUCCAAACAAAAGGAAGUUGAUAUUUCAAAAAAAUACCGCAGCAUUCGACCCAAGCCCAUGUUGGUGAUGGAGACAGUUCCCCAGUUGGUUAGCCUGCCUGCUAUUACGCCAGAUGGCCAAGAACAAGAGCUCAUACUUGGUCAUCAGCUCCCCACCUCUACCACAACAAAAGCAUUGGACUGUCCACCUCAGCCAACCCCGGUAACCCUCCACCUCAGAGGAGGCGCCCAUCCUAGAGUGUUCAUAGGAAGCCGACCGCCCCACCGCUGCCCCACCUGCAGCCGCUGCUUCAAAUUCAAGCAUCACCUUCAGAGCCACAUGAACAGUCACGCCAACAAUCGGCCGCACAUCUGCCCCGUCUGCCGCAAGACGUACGCUCACUCAAGCAGCCUGAGCACCCACAAGAAGCUUCAUCACUCUGAGGUACGGCCACGUCGUUCUCUAUCCUGCGAGUUCUGCGAAAAGGCCUUUGGAUAUGUUGGGGUAUACUUCAGUCAUCUGAGAGAGGUCCAUAAGGUGGUGCUAACCGUGGAGCCGUCAGUCAGUCAUCAUGAGGAAGACGUGCUUGUAGAGGGGGGCAGCUUGCCGGAACCAUCAGAUGAACAGGAUUGUGAAGAUCCUGUGGAGCUGCAGAUCAAAUGUGGCCGCUGUCAGGCAAUCACUCCCACCUUUGCAGACAUGAAGAUGCAUUUGCGAUAUGUGCACGGGGAGGAGGUCCACAUUCAACUCUGUGAGGGCCAACCCCCACGGGGAGGCCGUGAGGCUGAGAACGAACUGGUAAAGCACGCUGCCCACUACUGGCGACAGUUAAAUGAGAAGCGCAAUCUGGUCAAGUGUGGAAGCUGCGACGAAGAAUUCUUUUCUUUCUCCAAGCUUAAGAAGCACAUCAUGUCCCACCACCGAGGAAGGGAAGGAGAUGACAGCGGGGUCCUCCCAUCACCAGAAAGCAGCGGAGGCCUCGGCAUUCUUGCCACAGGCGCAGUUUUUAACUGUGUGCUUUGCAGUGAGGUGCUAGACACUAAAGAGCUGGUCAUGGAGCACUGGAGGUGUCACCACCACUGUGAGCGUCCGAGCCUGCUGUGGGAUGCCCUGAGCUCAUACUCUGGCCAGGAAGAGGGCGAGGCCGACCGGGAUCUGGAAACUCCCGCUCCAAGCCCGCGUUAGCCGACUGGCCCUUUGGGUUGGCGUGGGCUCCUACUCAUACACACUCAGUUCUAACAAUCAGCAGCACAGGGAUAGAGAUGUUCUCUUAUAGCACUAGUUUCAUCUUUCACCACUGGAGAAAUCUGACCUUGUGCAAAAGAGGAAAAACAGUAAAGAUAAAAUCAAGCCUGUGGUGAAAAGUGAUCUUUGUGUUAAGAUUUGCAAGAGAUGCUCUCGCUAGGUCAGAGAAUCCAGUUUUAUACACAAUAUCAUUUUUCAUGUUAUUUUGAUUGCACUGUUCUGUUUUUGGACUUUGUUUUGUUUGGAAGUAUGUAUUUAAUAUCUCGUUGGAAAUGCAAAUGAUUAUUUUCUAUCUAUUGUUUAUUUAAAAGUUAUUAGAGGUCAUCUAUGACCCAACUGAAAUAGUCCAGGGGUCAUUUCACCCUUUAAUAUAUCUAGCCAUGCAGAUAAUGCAGAUUUUCUUAUCUUUUUCUUUUUUUUUUAAACGUGCCGAACCAAAACGAAAAGUGACACCACACAUGAUCAAAUGUUUAAAAGCGAAACAUUUUUUUGUAGCCAGAUCAUCCUUUCCAUGUAACACCAGGCACAUUUUUCAGAGGACAAAAGUUUAGCAGUCAACUGCUGUAGCUCCAAGUUUGUUGUUCAUAAGUCACAAUAGCUCCUGUAGCUUCCUACUCGUUAUUUCCCAUUCAUUUUGCUAUUUUUAUGAGCAAAACAUUACGGCGGAUAUGUAAAAUGUGAGCACAAACGAAUUCUAGUCACCUCCAUUUAUCAGGAUAGAGUCAGAAAUCUUAAAGAUGACUCAAGCUACCAGGUCUGCAUGGCUAGAUACUACAACAGAGCAUUGAGGAGAUCAUUUUAUUCGGGGACGACUGAAUUAAAAGUAGUUCAUUGGGUACCAUCUCAGUGGCUGACAAUUUAACCACUGGCCUUUGCGUCAUAACAGUUUAAAAGUGUUCUGUAACUGUACAAUCCUCAGUGUAGUAUUGCUCGUGUAACAGAGUCCGAUUAAGGGCAGUAUUGGGGUUCAUUAUCCACCUGGACCCAUGAAGGAACACUUUUCUUAACCAGCACCCAAGUGACAUCCUUGUGGCCUUCUGAGAAAAAAAACCCGGAAAAAAAUGUUGGUGUUCAUGCGUAACGUGACUUAUCAUUGGUAUGGUCCUCAGUAAGCCGAGUUCUAUCUUCUUGACUUGUCGAUUAAUGCCUAUAUGUGUAUUCUGUGAUAUGCCAAGGGUCUAUUCACACUUGUGAUUGUAGAAGUGAGGUUUGCAUUGAAGCUUUUUCAACCACUGACAGAAUACCAUCAGUUUAGUAAAUACGCAAAACCAUUGAAUCGCCUACCUGUUGUUGCCAGCUCAUGUACGCACCUGUGGAAUUGUGUGCACCUAGACUCUGAAUAGAGUUAAUAUAAACUGUUGUCAAGUCCAGAAAAUAUGCUAUUUUAUACUAUAUAGAUUAUUAAAGAGGUCUCUGAGAAUAUUUAUGCUUGUUAUUGGUCCUUAAAGAACCAGCACUGAGACAUUUGUUGUGUUUGCUUCUUUUUUGGGGGUGGGGGUGCUUAAAUGUCUUGCUCUUGGUUGGGGGGCACAGUAGCUCUGUUAACGUCUGUCUGUAUGUAUCUUUCAUAUGAAGAAGAAAAGAAAAAAAUCACAGGGUCAAGUGAAUGUACCUGAAUCUUUUAAAAGACCUACCAAAAGUAUAUAUAUACUACAUAGACUUAUUCUAUAGAUAGAAUAUAUAGAUAUAAUGAGAAUAAAUAUAUAUAUAUUUACAUAGAGUAACUAGUGAAUCAGCUGCUUUGUUCUGUCAGUGAAGGAGGGGAAACAAGAUGCAUAUAUCAUUGCCAGCACUGGCAACAAAAAGCCAUGUAGAGCUGUCCUUAUGUGUCUGACACAAACAUGGGACUGAAUGAAGGCCAAAGCACUGAGAGAGUACUCUGAUGUGUCUGGGUGUUCAUCGGUGACUUGUUCUUCGCUUUCAAGCCCUCAACGCAAACCAGGAAGUGGCAGGCUUAAGGGUCAGUCUCUUCUCUCCUCAGAUACGUGCGUGUAUGACUGUCAGCAAAAGUCAGAAAGUGAAAAAUCUCACAUUAGGCGAUGUAAUGUGUUUGGCUCACAUGAUAUGUUGGCUGUCAGAAACAAAAAAAAUAACAAAAGACUGAAAGUGUUCGUGCUUGUGGCUGUUUAUGUACCUGAAGAACCUGAUGUUUAUGAGAAUAAAAAUAUGCUUUGUUCAGGACACUGUGUGUGUGUGUGGACGUUUUUUUCUUCUUCUUUUUUUCACUAAACAGUUAGUAACUCAGGAAAAGUUAAAGUUCAGAAUGCUAAACUUGUAAGAAGCAUAGACUGUAUUUGAAAACAAUGGACAGAGCCGCCAUGAUGCCACCCACUGUGUAUUUGAAGGUUUAACAUUAGCUCUUUACAAUAAUGGACAGACAGGCGACCUGUGCAGGGUGCA